AUGGCCCGAGACAACAAUCAAGCCAUUUCGCAGUUGCUGCUGUCCGGAGACCACGUGAGCUGGAGUAGGGUUCAUCAAAGUUGCUCUCUUCUUCCCAUCUUUCUCUUAUUGCUCUGGUCCAUUCUUACAUCGGGGGCAUACAGCAGCGUCCCAGGAUUAGAAUAUGACUGGGGAUCGCACCCCAAACUUGUUUGCACGCCUAUCCCUGCGGAUGCAGACCCAAGCUGUUUCACGCCGGACGGCGGAUCACACGGGUCUAGCAGCAACACACAUGGUAACGGGCAUGGUAAUGGACACCAUGGCCCUGUUGGAGGGCUGCCAGGCAGCAACGGAGGUCGCCGAAUGAUGUCAGACGACGCCAAGGCGACUAUCCUCCACUUGCGGGAGAGCCUGGUCCGACAGAAGGAGACGAUCCUGGACCAGAGGGAAACUAUUCGGGAGCUGACCGCCAAACUGACUCUGUGCGAAGGUUUUGGAAGAGGGGCUGGCGGACACCACGACAAUGAUCACCACGGCUCAGGGCACCAUGGCUCCCACCACUCGUCCCAUCGCUACGACGACCACCAUGCCGACCCCCACUACCCUCUCAACGGGCACCGCUCCGACACCCAUCAGAGGGGCAAAGCACCUUAUCUGGGCAAGCAUGGAGGAUUCUCACCGGAGCAGACGGGCCGGACCCUUCAGGCACUUAAGGAGAGACUGGAGAACCUGCAGGCGAGGAAUUCCUCCAGCACCUAUUCAAACUCACUGAGGGAGCUACUGCAGCGCAAAAUCAAUGCACUGGAAGAACAGCUGCAUCAUCACUAUGAUGGUCAUUAUAAUUAUGGCCAUCAUGACAGCCACCAUGGACGCGACCACCAUGACGACCAUCAUGAUGACCACCACGAUGACCACCACGAUGACCACCACGAUGACCACCACGACGACCACCAUGACGACCACCAUGACGACCACCAUGACACUCAUCAUGACAAUCACCAUGACAACCACCAUGGUGAUCACCAUGAUGACCACCAUGAUGAUCACCAUGACAACCACCACGAUGAUCACCAUGACAAUCGCCAUGGCAACCACCAUAGCAACCGCCAUGACGAUCACCAUGAUGACCACCAUGACGACCACCACUAUGAUCAACACUACAGCCGCCAUUAUGGUCAUCACUAUGACAGACACAGUAGUCAUUAUAAUGAUCACCAUGACGAUCACCACGACGAUCACCAUGACAGUCAUCACGACGACCGUCACGAUGACCAUCACAGCAAUGGUCACCAUGAUGAUGGACACCACGGUAGUGCUGGGGACCAUGGUCAGCACCCUCGUACCCCUUACAGCAAACAGUCAGAGACAAGAGCUCCAACCCGUGGUGGCCACAGUAAACUGGACAGUGUGCUGAACCAUCUUCAUCACAGGACCCCUGAUACAGGUUCCCAUAAGAAACUGAAAAGCCCAGACGCCUUCCAGAUUGGCUUCCCCAUGCGCACCAACUACAUGUAUGGAAGGAUCAAACGGACCCUCCUAAACGAAAUCUUUGCCCUGACUGUCUGCCUCUGGCUGAAAGGGGGGUCUGGACCGGGGUUGGGCACCCCAUUCUCGUACUCAGUGCCCGGUCAAGCCAACGAACUGGUCCUCAUAGAGUGGGGAAACAACCCGAUGGAACUUCUGGUCAAUGACAAAGCUACCACUCUGCCUCUGUCGGUGACUGACAGUAAAUGGCACCACCUGUGUGUGACGUGGUCGACACGAGAUGGUAUGUGGGAGGCCUAUCAGGACGGAGUAAAAAGGGGCUCUGGAGAGAACCUCUCCCCGUGGCACCCGAUCAAACCCGGAGGAAUCUUCAUUCUGGGACAGGAGCAGGACACCCUGGGUGGGCGUUUUGACGCCACACAGUCCUUCGUGGGUGAGAUGUCAGAUCUGCAGGUGUGGUCACGUGUGCUCACAUCCGACGAGAUCUACAGCCAGGCCUCCUGUAGCGGUCACCUGACCGGCGACGUCAUCGCCUGGAACGAAUCGCUGGUGGAACUUCACGGCGGAGUCACCAAGUACCCUUUUGACCCCUGCCACUGA